AUGAAGAAAAAGAGCUAAAGUAUUCUAAAGCAUUUAAUAACAAUAUCGCUAACUCUGAAUCUUAUUAUUAGUUUUACUUCAGGCUAAACUACCGGGGACACUACAACAACUGAUACUGAAUUUCAAACAGGAAACUUAGAAAUCUAUGAGGGAUUAGUAUUGGGAAUCGGAAAAGGAACUCUAACUGUAUGCUGCUUUGGAAUCAUUGGAUUGGUUAUUUGUUUCUUCAAAGAUAUGACAGCUACUCCUAGUUUGAUGGUUGCAGCAGGCAUCAUUUUGCCUUUACUAGUUCUUCUGAUUAUUUGGUUCAUGCCUAAGGAGUCGCUCAAAACAGAUUCUGAGAAAACUGAAAAACAAAUAACAGAUGGAUUUAGAGUCAGGACAGGCAUAUUUUCCGCAUUGAUAUUCUUGGUUUGUAUUUUGAUGUCUCUAGUAAUGUGCGGGGCUAAACUUACUACUUAGCUAACAGGUCAGAAAGUAGACUCAGAACUCUAAACUGCUUAACCCAAGAAAAAUCCCAAUCAAAUGUAAACAAGAAAACUAUAGCUCUAGUUACAAAGUCAGAGUCUAGAGAAGCCAGCUGAUGAGUCAUAGAGUAAACUUAUGGGAUAAAAAGUAGUAAUAGAUUAAGAGGAAGGAUUACCCUCAAGAUAAAAUCUUGAGGACUCAUAGUUAAUAGAGAGAACUAAUCAAAGAUAAUUGCAGGGAAUGGGAAUCGUAGAUGAUGAAGAGAACAGUUAAGAAAAAGAUUUCAAUUUCAGCUAGGAACAAGAACAAUAUCCCUGA